AUGGAAGCUCUGUUUGAAAGAGGAGCCAUCAUUCGAAACCUGGAGAGCCUUGGAGAGAAGAACCUUCCUUUCAGGAUGUCUAAGCACAGCCAAUAUCACAGUCGAGGAGGGUACUUCUUAGUUGACUUCUAUGCUCCGCCCACUGUCAUUUCCAACUUCCUGGAUCACCUAAGUCGUGAUACUGACAUCAUUAGGCCAACUAUACUAAAACAUGAAGAAGAGAAGAGACCAGAGACUUCUUGCACAGGAAUGGUGCCCCCCAAUCUGGAGGAGAAGUUCAGGACCAGAAAGCGGAAGUGA